AGAAGAUAAAACAUGUAAAAAGGCCAAGGACGAAGACUUUUUUGCAGACGACGCUGACGUCACCAGCUUUACACCAGGAAAGAAUGAUGCUUUCGGACAGCCCUGGCAAGAACAGGAUGCUGAUAUCAAGUUGUUAGGAGCGUGUUUGGAAGAAGAAUGGGUGUGCGCUGUUUCCUAGGACAGUUUUACAAGGCACAUGUUGCCAAUCUUGGCAUAUCCAGGGUGCAAGUAAGAGCAAUUGGAUCAGCUGGUUCUUCCGGUAAUGCGUUCCUGACAACGCCAAUUUUCUAUGUUAAUGCAGUCCCGCACAUUGGUCAUUUGUACUCGGCUCUGAUCGCUGACUGCGCUCACCGGUGGCAGCAGAAUACGGGUGCCAAGGAGACCAUCUUCGCGACGGGUACCGAUGAGCAUGGAUUGAAGGUGCAGCAAGCAGCGUCGUCAGCCAAGAUGAAGCCACAGGAAUACUGCGACCGGGUCUCGCGGGAAUUUCGAAGACUCUUCACAGAAAGUAAUGUCAAGUGCACGGACUUCAUACGCACCACUGAAGUGAGACACCAAGAAGCAGUCAAUCACUUCUGGACUAUACUGCAGGAACGAGGCCACAUCUACAAGGGCAAAUAUGAAGGUUGGUACUCAACAUCAGAUGAGACUUUUCUGAGCACUCAGCAGGUACGCGACAGCAACGCUCAAAAUGGAGUGAAGGUCUGUACAGAGACAGGGAAUCCUGUGGAAUGGACGACAGAGACCAACUACAUGUUCAGACUGAGUGAGUUUCCUCCUAGACUCCUAGAGUGGCUAGAUAAUAACCCUAGAGCGGUGUAUCCAGCCAAGUUUCACACCAUGGUGCGUCAGUGGCUGGAAGACGGUCUACAAGACCUGUCUGUAUCCAGGCAACGGGACAGGCUACAGUGGGGCAUCCCUGUUCCCGGCGAUUCGUCACAAACGAUCUACGUCUGGCUGGAUGCUUUAGUCAACUAUUUAACAGUCUGUGGCUUCCCUGGACAGACCAACCUAUGGCCGGCUACUCACAUCGUUGGAAAAGACAUCCUCAAGUUCCAUGCAAUCUACUGGCCGGCAUUUCUAUUGGCUGCUGGGUUGCCGCCGCCGCGGUCCAUAGUUUGCCAUUCUCAUUGGACCAUGGACAAUUUCAAGAUGUCUAAGAGCAGGGGUAACGUAGUGGACCCCUUUGACAGGCUGAGGACCUACACUCCAGAUGGCUUACGCUACUUCCUGCUGAGAGAGGGCGUCCUUCAUUCUGAUGGAGAUUACACUGAUGAGAAAGUCCUCAAGCUCCUGAACGUUGAGCUGGCCGACAACUUGGGCAACCUGUUGUCCAGGGUGACGGGCAAAGCACUCAACCCAGCCCAGGUCUUCCCACAAUUCCAUGCUGAACUUUUCCCGUGGCCGCAGACAUAUACCACUACGUCUGGGAGGGCCUCUUCAGAGGAUUAUGCUCUUGUAUCAGCCUUGUGUAGGUUACCAGAAUCUGUUGAUGUCCACUACAACAACUUUGAAGCGUACAAGGCGCUAGAUGAGAUCAUGUCGUGCCUUCGACAGGCCAACGCAUUUGUCCAACGACACGAACCAUGGAACCUCAUCAAAAGCAAGGAUGACCAGCCCUGGUUGGAGACGGUCCUCCAUGUUGCCAUGGAAACACUGAAGAUUUGUGGGAUACUUCUCCAGCCUGUCGUUCCUGACACGGCCGAUAGAUUGUUAAGUAGACUCGGAGUGGAUGCCAGUGACAGGACAGUGGCCAAUUUGGAAUGUUUUGCGGGGACGUGCAAGAGCAGACCACUUGGGAGGGAUCCAGGUGUACUGUUCUCCAGACUGAAGCCGAAGGAGCAGAGUUGACCAAUUUGGAAUCAGUGACCAUUUACAAAUUAGUGACUGCUUUUUACGAGUUUGUGCUCACACUUGACUUACUCUCCAGACUGAAGCUGAAGGAGCAGAGUUGACCAAUUUGGAAUCAGUGACUGUUUGCAAAUCAGUGACCGGUUUUUUUAUGUGUUUGUGCUCACACUUGUCUUGCUGUCCAGACUGAAGCCAAAGGAGAAGAGUUGACCAAUUCAGAGUCAGACACCAUUUACUGUUAACUACUGACUUAUUUGUGAAUACACAAUGACUCUUCAAGACUUCUACUAAAUACCUUAUAAUUUGCUCCAAUUUUGUAAGGCUACCUUUGUGACAAUAAAAUGUCAAGUAUUAAGA